AUGCAGAAUCUCUCGUCUCAUGUGUGUAUUUUCCCUCGGCGAGAAGACACGAACAUGCGACAUGGGAGAGACACCAAAAUAAGCAGAGGAAGAUCGACUUUCACGACUUUCACAUGCACGCGAUCUCCUCGGGCCUUUUGCUGUUACGGGGAAAACGACGGCGGCCCCAUAACUAUAAGAUGCUUCCUCCGCCUUCUCUUCUCUCCUCGCCUCCUUUCGACACCUCCCACAGCUCCAGCUCUCGACCGUACAGACACAGGACUCUUCUAUCCCAAGCAGCAUCUACCAGCUACCGCCAUCAUGUCUGUCAAGAUCGACUCUUUCCCUUCUUCCGCUGCCUUUGACCUGAUCAACGACACGCUCAAGGCCAAUCCCAAGGAGCGCGAGGCCGCUAUCAAGGCCGCCCAGGGCAUCUUCGCCUUCACCCUCACCAACGAGGCUGGCGCCACCGAGAGCUGGUACCUCGACUUCAAGAAGGACGGUGUCGCCUGCAAGGGCGCUGCUCCAGAGGGUGGCAAGGCCGAUGUCACCCUCGUCCUGUCCGAGAAGGACUUCGCCGGCCUCGUCGCUGGCACCGCCAACGCCCAGCGUCUCUUCAUGGGCGGCAAGCUCAAGAUCCGCGGCAACGCCAUGAAGGCCAUGAAGAUCGAGCCUAUCCUCAGCAAGGCCAAGGCCAACACUGGCGUCAAGGCCAAGCUGUAA